AUGGAGCAUGCUCGCACUUUUUAUGAGACAAUUCUGAAGUCAAGCCACCCUUUGAUGCUUUCCUUUCAUUUGGGGGCUAAAGCAGCCCCUGUCAUUUUCUAUAUGGUGGGCUCAUUAUUCCUGAAUUUUACAGCUCAGUUCAUAGUAGUUGUCCUGCUACUCACUGGUGACUUUUAUUUUACAAAGAACAUUAGCGGUCGAAAGUUGGUUCAAUUGCGCUGGUGGUAUGAUCCCACAACGGAGAAUGCACAGACGUUCAGAUUCGAGUCGUACAAGCAGUAUCCGCCAGGUCCGCCAAUAAAUCCUAUAGACGCCAAAUUAUUCUGGUGGUCAAUGUAUCUGACGCCUGCAAUAUGGACGGUGUUUGCGCUGCUCUGCGUCUUACGCUUGAAAAUCUUUUACUUCCUGCUUGUGGCCGUUGGAAUGGCCUUAACGGGCUGGAAUGCUUACGGAUUCAGGACCUGUGAUAAGUGGGAUCCGAAUGGAACCUCUACAGUGGAAAGUUGGUUUCAAAUGCCGGCCAUCCCAGGUUUGCAAAAUUUAUCUAGAGUCACUGCUGUCCAAUCUUUCUUUCAAGGCCGUUCAUGA